UUCCUUGCCAAAUACCCCGAAUCCGCCCGCCACCCCCGAGCACAAGGUUCACGGAUGUGUGGACAAUCGUAGCUCGGGUAAAGGAUCAAAGGGUGGUAUAAAAGAUACAGGGGAGUCGCAGUCGCCGCCAGCACGUGGAAGCAGUCAUCAUGCGACUGACAGUGCUAUCAAAGACGGCGAUCUCUUGGCACACGCUGCGUCCGCUCUCAAAAGGCUACACUUUAAAUCAGCGGGAGGGAGUCGCAGCUGUCGGACUGUACCCCCAGCCAUUACAACUGUUCCCCAGGUUGUCGUCAUGGGUUCUAGCACUGCCUCUAUCGACACGACUAUCUACAAUAGCACGGACAGUGCCAAGACGAUGGUCACAACGGUAACAACAGACUCUGAACAGCGAGACGACAGCCUGGACCUCAUCGACGAGCCCUCCGAGAUGUCACCACCAGCGAACCAUCCGGCCUCACCUCCCUUAAAAAUCGAUUCAACAAAUUUAGAAAAUUUAUCAAAGAGCACAACGGCCAAUGGUACACAUCAGCGCACGACUGCCCCAAGCGUCGAUGCACCAUGUGGAGAUAUACCAGGCGUUAGUCCGGUGAAUGGUGUUGGUGCACCACCACCGACACCCCUCAUCGGUGCACGUCAAGAAAAUCGUUUUACAUUUACUAGUGGAAAAACACCAGCAUUGCCAGACCUGCGAACGGCGGAUUUUAGUACCCCAGUUCGAGGAUCUGUGGACGCAGGCCAGCCAGAUCCCCAUCACUUGAACUCUAUGUUGGCCCUAGUAGCAGCUAAGGAGAGCAUUCUGCAAGAGGAGCCAGCAAUAAUAAAUCACAUAAACGCAAACUCACUCGUGUUGAGCAGAAAAAAUGAUGCACAAAUCAUCGGAGAUGGGAAAGAGAAGGCGAAACAAUCAAAGGUAUCGGCCAAGCCGAGUAUUAAUGUCACUACGAAUCCUCUGGAUAUAUCACUCUGCGGGACCCAGCCAACUUGCAAUACCCAGACCUCGGGUAGCACCAGAGGACGAGGGAGACCACCAGGUGGAAGCGCUGCCGGAACCAAGAGAACAGCCCAGGCGACAAUUGUCGUACAGCAGCCCUCUCUAUCACUGGAUGCACCAGCGGCAACGAUACUGCUGAGGCCGGACAUUGACGCCAGGCGGAGAGAGGAGAAUAUGCGACAGUUACUCGACGUUACCGAUACACUUACCUUCCAAGAGAUUCAUGACAUUGAAAUGAGAUACGGAAGCCCCCACCACAGUAGAUCUCAAUCGGUGAAAACGCCGGGCAGUCGUUCAUCGGGACGUCCAAAUUACCUGUGUCUUCCACAACAACGAUCUCGUGUCGCCAGUAUGCCGAAUACGGGAGUUGAGGAGGAAUACUACAGACUGAGGCACUUCAGCAUAACGGGAAAGGGAAUCGUCAACCGUGGUGAUUCUCUUAAAAGCCGACGAUCCCGUUCCAACAACAGCGUUGCCUCCAGCAACUCUAGUACGGAGCAUUUAACAGCCUCUUAUCCGGGCUCAGCGAGGAACUCAGCGGCUGGUUCGUUAGCGAGCUCACGUGAAAGCAGCGCAUCACAGGGAUCAACUCCUUAUCGUGUACUGAUGCUGGGUGCACCAUCUGUGGGAAAAAGCUCUCUCGUAUCGCAGUUCAUGACGUCCGAGUAUCUCCACGCCUAUGAUACGUCCAUCGAUGACGAAUCAGGGGAGAAAACUGUGAGUGUACUUUUGGCCGACGAGGAGUCCGAGCUCACGUUUAUCGACCAUCCGAGCGCUGAAAUGACGCCGGAAAAUUGCAUCUCCAUGUACGAGCCACACGCCUACUGCGUCGUUUACUCAACAACCGACAGAACAUCAGCGCGAGUAGCAGAGGAAGUUCUUCAAUCAUUAUGGCGGGCUGACCACGUGUCAGCGAGAGCUGUGAUUCUUGUGGGAAAUAAAGCGGAUCUCGUUAGAAGUCGAGACGUCGCCACCGAAGAGGGUAAAUCCAUGGCAACAGCGUACGAUUGUAAAUUCAUCGAGACAUCAGUCGGUAUAAAUCACAAUGUGGACGAGCUUCUCGUUGGUUUAUUAUCACAAAUACGACUGAAAAUGGAGAAUCCAGAGAGAACACGUGAUUUGUUUCGCAAGAGAUCACGGAAAACAAGGAGCAGAUCGCCUUUGGGCUCUUGCUCCGAGAAUAAUUCACCCAAGAAGUAUCGCGGUAGUCGCACCAGUGCCAGUCUCAAGGUAAGAAGUUUACUCGGUAAAGUGUGGGCAAGAGACAGUAAAUCCAAGAGCUGCGAGAAUUUACAUGUACUUUAAGAAUUUUCAUUGCACUUUGACAAUGGAAGACAACAAUUAAUUUAAUCGAUAGAAAAGUCAAACUGAGGGAGAAGUUAUAUCUGAUUUUUUACAAAGACUGAAAUUGUUGGGAUGGAAAUAAUCAUUCUGCCUCGACCGAAGUUAAGGGACAAGUAAAUUGUGAGAGGAAUGAAUGAAUGGUUGAGCUUGUGUCAGUGAAAAAUUUAAGAAAUUCGGAUGAUCCUGCCCUUCUAUUCGCACUCGUAAACUGAUUCUCAUUUGGGAGUUUUUCCGAGUUUCUUUUCAACUUUUUGAUUAUAGUUUCAAGUUUCAUGGGGGAAAAUACACUUUGGCAUUUACUUUUGCGCUCUGUUCUAUUUCAAUCCCCAAUUGUGGGGUCUCCUGGGCAUUCCUGGGAGCAGUAAAAAAUUUCAUUCAAACCCAAUGUCCCGAGAAAAAGGGUGGGAAUAUUAUUGCUGAACUAGUUUUUUUUAUAGAGUAUUGAAGCUACGCUGGAAUUUUUUAAUUUAAAAAUGCAAAUCAGUUGAUAUAUUUCUUCAAUGUCACAAGUUUUUGUUCGUAAUUGUGAAAUUGUGGGGGCGAGGCAGUUUGAGUUGAACUACCUGAAGGGGGUAGCAUAAUUAGAGGGGUAAGGGAACGCGGGGCAGAAUGGACAGUUCAGAUUUUUUUUGAAAAGGAAUUAUUCCAUUUCAUCAGCAACUGAAUAGUGUUUCAACAUUAAAAGAAAAUUCUAAAGUGUCCAUUGCCGGCUCUCGUUUCCUACAUUCGUCGAGAUUCAACACGAAUUUGUGGAUCGUUGAGCUUUAAAAAUGACGUAGGAUUAAUAUAAUAAUUCGAGGAAAAGAUUUAAGAGAGGAAAGGUGAAAGGAUACUGCACUGCAGCUGCGCAAAAACUACUCUCGUUAAUUACGAAGUGAAAUGAAAAGAACAUUAAAACGUUUGAGCUGUAUUUUUGAAUCCCAUUUCGAAUACGCUUGGAUCAUAGCAAUAGGUGAACUUACGAAUUUAAGAGAAAAUACAUGAAAUUAUAAAUUUUUGUCUCGUUGACACGAUUAUAAAUCACAGUAGGACAAUUUGUGGUAAAUCUUGUAUAUCAUUGUGCAUAACUAAUGGAUAAUUAUCCGAUGAUAUUUAUUAUAAAUCCUUAGAGUGAAAAUUUUACUCCUCAACGUUCGUGACCGUAACAUGAAUUUACACAAUUUUUUACAUUACGAUUUUGUACGUUGAAUCAUGAAAAAAAAAGAGAAACAAAUGAGUGGAAAAUUUUUUAAAAAAGUGAACAAGUACAUAGAUAUAUCGAAUCACUUGUACAUCAUCGAGAGGCGCGAUGGCCGACGCUAUAUCAUUUGAAACCUAUUCAUUUAUCUUAAGUUCAUCCCGAUUAUUUUCUUCAAUGACAAAUGAAAAAUUGUUCAAAGUACACGUGAAACUGCUAGAGUAGUUCAAUCGAGCUAAUGUCUAAUUCAUUACCGGAUGAAUUAAAUUGUUGGGUGGCAGGACAAUUUAUUGACACCCACACGAGGUCCAUUAGAUUAUAAGUCGUUGAUAAAUAGCCAACUGCAUAAAUGCGUCGCGUAUGUUGGGUCAUUAAAUCGAUAAUUUAUUUUUUUUCGAGGGAAAAUUCAAGGGGAAAAGUCGCCUGUUAAUUCGAUGAAAAACUCAUUGGAUGAAAUUUUCAAUUUAUUUUCUGGAGAGAUUGGAGAUCAUUCAUUUCUCUCUGGUUUCCCGCUGAAGAGUGCAUUCAAUUAAUAUUUUGCGUGCGCUCUUUGCACUCUCCAUUCCGCAAUUAUUCGGUUAUCAUGAUAUUUUCCACUUGAAUUUUGUCUCUGUGAAAAUGCAAUCAGCAAUCAUAGUGCAAUGGAACAACAGACAAGUACUUCGCACGAUCGUUAUUUCAGUGCUAUAAUUUUAACAGCAAGUGAGAUUGAAAACAAAUGUCUUUGCAUUCAGCACAAAAAAAAUUAAACCAAAAAUAUCUGGAUGUUCAAUACUCAAGUGGCCCCUUUGAAGAGAAUAAUCAUCUCGUGUUCGAGUGUUACCUUGUUCUCCCCAAGACUGUCUAAGAACCUCUUCGAGUUCGCAAUUAUUUCCCAAUCUCCAUUAUUACUCAUAAUAAUCAGUAGAACAAUUCAUUUCUUUGAAGGAGAAUUUUCAUUGAAGAAACUAUUUACUUGGGAAUAAAAAGAUAUCUCUACUCGUUAGCAUAAAGCUCGUAAAUAUAGAAUUGUUAUCUUAUUUUACUUUAAUUACGGAGAUGUAUGGCAUUGAGUGGAAUUUCAGACUCGGUCAUUAAUUAUAUCAUUCGUAGGAGUGGCAAAAAAAAUAAUGAGACAAAUAACAAAAUGAAAAAAUCUCCGAUUCGUUGGAUCUCACGUUUCAUUACGUAAAUUGCUAUUUGAUUAAUGGAAACCAUCAGCAUUAAUUAUUAAUGACAUGAAAGCAUGUCGAAAAAAGACUAGGAGAGCUAGGGGAAAUGAAUAUCGAAAUGAGCGAAACUAAUUUACAUGUUUCGAUGAUAAAUGUCAUAAUCAAAAUGUUGAAUUAUUCAUAGAACUCUAGCGAAUUUAAAGAUUAAAGACAAUUGAAAUAUCAUUUUAAUAGCGAAUUAUUUACGUUCGCAUGUCCGUCGAAUUUUAUCAGCCAGGGAGAUUUAGAUUAUAUGAAAUGAUGAUUGAAUUAUUGAAUUUGUCUAGAUGAAAAAUCAUGUUAUUCUCUGUGUCCAUACCAACUCGUUUUGUGUUCCUAAAUAAAUGAUAAAUAACAAUAAUAAUAGUGAAUAAUGUCAAGGUAACGCCGAACUGUGUGAACAAAAAAAAAUUAAUGAUAAUUGAUAAAGAAAUCUCAAGUAACAAAUAGCGUCGAAAAAAUCAUGACCGAAAUGGCGCAAAGCUUUGACCAAUGUUCCAAUGAAUUUUAGUACUCUAGGUGGGAGGAUAUUCUUAAUAGUGAACUAAUACGUACGAUAAAUUUUAUUGAUAUAUUAGUAGUCCAAGCGGACAUUUUGCGUCAUCGCGGAACAAUUGAAACAAUUAAAUUGACAAAAAUCAAUCGUUUGAAUAAACAAAAUAUAAACAAACAUUGUCCGUAAGGAAAUGGUGAGCGGAACAAGUAGUUAUUAUGAAUUUCGAUGAUGUCGAAGCGAGAGAGUAAUUUCUCGUGGAAUUCGCAUCAUUUUUCAACAAACCCUUCCCAAUGAAAUUUGUGUGAAUUAUUGAUAAAUAAAAACGUGUGGAGAGUUAAUAAAAUCGAUCAAUCGUUUUGUUCUGCGUGAGGGAUACAUCUGCAAUUCAAGGAACAAUCCAAAAUUUCAUCGAUUAUUUGCAUUCUCGCGUUCUUCGUAUCUCGUUUCACACACGCUAUCCAUAUCGUGGAAUGAAACAAUAUGUACAUUCAUCUUUCAAUGGCGCAAACCAGCGGAAGAAUGGGAAUAAAUUUAUUUGAAUUUGUAGAGAACUGUUAAUCAAGAGAAACGUACGAUCAAUUUCUCACAUAUUCGAUGGCAAAUAACAGAAAUGAGAAUUCAAAGUGAUUAUGAAAUACCGAUAAUUCUCGUUUUUGUUUCUCCAACAUAACAUGCACUUAUCUAACAUUUUAAAUUAUCAAAAAUGUCAAAUUGUAAAUCCACGGUGUCUGCACUAUAAGAAUAUGGCCACAAAUUAUAUAUUGUAUGAGAUUACAGAACAUUCCGAGAAUACCCUUACUAGUGAGUAAUGAACGAUUGUAUGAUCCGUAAUGUGUGAUCAAUUUUUUGUAGUCUAUGUUGGAUAAUUUAAAAAUUCAUUGUUUUAUAA